AAGAUACAUAAAUCUUAUCUUUUCCUGUGCUCUGUGCUGCUUCUGUGCUUUGUUUUACAAAGAUAUAAUAAAAUGGUUAAUCCCAUGACUUACUUGACGCUGGGACUUUUUCUGCUGGCAUGUCGUUACAACCACCAUGUCAUGGCGGAGGAUCCCGAUCCUUUGCAGGACUUCUGUGUUGCAGAUGAGAAAAGCAAAAUUUUUGUGAAUGGGUUCGUGUGCAAAAACCCAAAGAAAGUUUCAGCAGACGACUUCUUCUUUCGUGGACUGGGGCAACCCGGGGACACCAACAAUGCAGUAGGCUCUAACGUGACAGCGGCAAACGUUAUGCAGAUACCAGGCCUUAAUACGUUGGGUAUUUCGUUGGUUCGCAUCGACUUUGCAGUGGAUGGAAUAAAUCCUCCUCACACACACCCAAGAGCCACUGAAAUUCUUGUUUUACUGGAAGGCGAGCUGUUUGUGGGGUUUGUUGAUACCAAUAACAAGCUUUUCAGCAAGAAGUUGGAAAAGGGAGAUGUGUUUGUGUUUCCCAAGGCGCUUGUGCAUUUCCAGCAGAAUGUGGGGAAAGAAAAUGCAGUGGUGAUAUCUGGAUUGAGCAGCCAGUUUCCUGGAGUUCAGACAAUCGCCAAUUCUCUCUUUGGAGCGAAACCCCCCCUCCCCGAUAAUGUUCUGAGCAAGGCCUUCCGUAUCAGUUCAAAACUAGUGGAUUCAAUCCAGGCCAAAUUCGACUAAGAUAAAGUAUUAGACUCUUUAUAGUUUUGUACUGAAAUAAAACCAAAGUCGUUGUGGUCUACUAAAUAAAACAAGGAGCAUAAUGAAUGGCCUUGUUAACCUAACGUAUUUCUUCUGAG